AUGGGCACCAAAUCAGACGAUCCACACGACCACAGUGGCCAGGGGCCGGGCUGUAUGAAGAGAUGCAGUAACGUGUUGGUGUUGGCACUAGAAAGUUUCUUCUACAGACUGGGUAAGCUGGUGUCCGGCCAUCCAUGGCUGACCAUCCUGCUGACCCUGCUCCUUGGUGGUUCCUUAUCUGCCGGGAUGGUCAAGUUCUACGAGGAAAGGCGCGAAGAAAAACUGUGGACCCCUUAUGGCUCUCGGGUUAUUGAGCACCAGAACUGGAUCAACGAGAACUUCCCCGCGCAGUUCCGCUUCCAGAACCUGCUGAUUGAGGCCGACAACGUUCUACAGCCUUCGGUGCUGCGAGCUAUGCUUGCAUUAGACUCAGCAGUUAAGAACGUGUCAACGGAUGCAGCAAACUGGACAUCCAUAUGUUACCGGAUUGGUCAUCAAUGCUGGUCUAGUAGUCUACUGGAGUUGUGGAGUUUCAAUGAGAAUGUCAUCAACAGCCUGUCACAGCAGGACAUCCUGGACAAAAUCAACACAAACAACCUCAUAAGCCCCCUGACAUUCCGGCCGUACGAUGUUGAGGCCGUGUUGGGAGAAAUCCACCGGGACUCUGAUGGUAAGAUUUCUGGCGCCAAGGCCACCACAAUGCUGUAUGCUGUAAAGGACCAGACCAUCGAACGACAGGGAGAAAGGAUUGAUGAGAUCAGGCUUGACUGGGAGAAGAAAUUUCUGGACGUUGCUUUGGAGGAGAGGUCAGAUGUGGUCACCGUGACGCCCUAUUCUUCCGAACAAAGCUGGAUCGACGAAGCACAAGGCCCUAUCCAGAAGAACCUGAACUUGUUGGCUGCUGGCUUUGUCAUCUUGUUCGGAUACGCGACAAUGUCACUGGGCCAGUUUAAUUGCAUUGGGCAGAAGAUGUACGUGUCGUUGGCGGGCAUGGUGUGCGUGGGGCUGGCAGUGGUCGGAGCCAUGGGAGUCUGCUCGGCGGCAGGAGCUGCAUACGGGCCCGUCCACACCAUUCUGCCCUUCCUCAUCCUGGGUAUCGGUGUUGACGACAUGUUUGUCAUCGUAACUGCCUGGAACAACCUUUCCCAGGAGGAGAGAAAGCUGGACAGACGACAGCAGGCGGCGCUAGCGCUAAAACACGCGGGCGUCUCUAUUACCGUAACCUCCAUGACGGACGUGGUUGCGUUCGGUGUCGGCGCCUCUACGGUCUUACCAGCCUUACAGUCGUUCUGCAUCUACGCAGCUGUCAGUGUUUUCCUGGCCUUUGUGUACUCAUGUACCCUGUUCUUCGCCGUGGUGUGCCUUGACUUUCAGCGAUGGGAGGGCAGUCGAAAUGCAUACUGUUGUUGCUACAAGCACGCGGAAGACUACCGACCAACCGAGUGUUCACAGAAAGAUCAUCUGCAGCUUUUCUUUCAAAAGAUCUACGCCCCCGGUCUGCUGACCACCCCUGGCAAGCCCCUGGCUGCAAAGGGUGAGUAG